AUGAAGCUAUCACUAGGUGUACGUGUGACACGCUGCUGCCGGCUGUGCAGGCACAACGACCUGCCGUGGAACAUCCGCAAGUUCGCGCGCAACCGGCUGGCCAACCUGACCUUCGGGCUGGACCUGCGCGCCGUGCGGCCCUGGGCGGCCAGCGCCUGGUCGCACACAGACCUGCCGCGCCUGCGCGCCGGGCACGUCGCCGCCCAGUUCUGGGCGGCGUACGUGCCGUGCGAGGCGCAGCACCGGGACGCAGUGCGGCUGGCGCUCGAGCAGGUGGACGUGGUGCGCCGGCUGGCGGCCCGCUACGCGCCGCCGCUCGCCUUCUGCACCUCCGCCGCAGACAUCGAGUCGUCGCACCAGGCGGGCCGCAUCUGCAGCUUGGUGGGCGUGGAGGGGGGCCACUCGCUGGGUGGCAGCCUCUCCGUGCUGCGCACCCUGUACGCCGUGGGCGUGCGCUACCUCACACUCACCUCUACCUGCAACACGCCCUGGGCAGACUGCUCGCUGGUAGAUAACCCAGGACAGCGCUCAGAAAACAAGGGCCUCACUAAGUUCGGCAAGGUGGUGGUGCGCGAGAUGAACCGGCUGGGCAUGAUGGUGGACCUGUCGCACGUGUCGGUGCGCACGAUGGAGGACGCGCUGGCCGCCAGCCGCGCGCCCGUCAUCUUCUCGCACUCGUCGGCGCGCGCGCUCUGCAACAGCUCCCGCAACGUGCCCGACAGCGUCCUCAGGAAGGUCGCGCUGAACCGCGGGCUGGUGAUGGUCAACUUCUACUCGCAGUUCCUGACGUGCAGCCAGGACGCCACCGUGGCCGACGCGGCAGCCCACAUCGAGCACGUGAGGGGCGUGGCGGGCGUCGACAGCGUGGGCCUGGGCGCCGGCUACGACGGCAUCAACAGCACGCCGCGCGGCCUGGAGGACGUGUCUGGCUACCCGGCGCUGUUCGCGCACCUGCUGGCCACCGGCCGCUGGUCCGAGGCCGACCUGCGCAAGCUGGCGGGGCUCAACAUGCUGCGCGUCAUGCGCGCCGCCGAGCAGAUGAGGGACGCGAUGCAGCUGGCCGGCAUCCCGCCCUACGAGGCCGACCCCCCACUGCCGCCCACCGACAACUGCUCCAGCAGCCGCCUCCACAGCCGGCUCUGGCCGCUGCCCCUGGAGUCCCGGCUGCUGUCACCACCACAGCCGUCUCGUCAGCCGCCGGCUGUGGGCCGCUGCUCUCCACACUGCACCAGCCGCGCCGUGCUGUCCCAGUCAACACGUGGGCUUCACUGUCUGGUCCCUGCAACUUCCCAACACCUACGUACAGGCUCCUCAAACCAGUACCAGCAACUGUAG